ACAGCUUGGAAGGCAUCACAGUUUAGGGGCGUGUCUUGAGAAGGCUGAAAGGGGCAGAUUAGCAAAAGUGAGCUAGCGACAUUUAACGUUUUCUUGCUAUAGAAAAGAGUUAUAAAGAUGCAUUUUAGUGUCAAGUAUUACACUUGAACCGUUGUCAUGACGACUCUGGAUGACAAGAUUCUGGGGGAGAAGCCGCAGUACUACUACAGCAGCAGCGAGGAUGAAGGCAGUGACGAUGACGAGGGGGAGAGUAAGAUCAUUCGAGACGGGAACGCUGAGGAACCCGAGAUCGACUACAGCGCGGAUGGAAGUUCUGUCAAUACAGGACCAAAGGGUGUGAUUAAUGACUGGAGGAAAUACAAGCAGCUGGAGGUGGAACAGAAACAGGAGCAGAAAAGAGAGAUGGAAAGACUAAUAAAGAAGCUGUCCAUGACCUGCAAGUCAGACCUGGACCAGGAAAAAGACAAAGAAAAGCAGAAAGAGCUGCAGAACAAGAUCCAAGGAAAGAUGACCAUGCAGGAGUACAACAUGCUUCAGGAAGAUGAAGAUGACGAAGACUUCCUGCAGCAGUACCGGAUGAAGCGCAUCGAGGAGAUGCGGCGUCAGCUCUGCAAAGGGAAGCGCUUCCAGCAGGUGUACGAGCUGAACAGCGGAGAAGACUUCCUGGAAGCUUUGGACAAAGAGGACAAAAGCACGCUGAUCAUGAUCCACAUCUAUGAGCCCGACGCCCCGGGCUGUGAGGCCAUGAGCGGCAGCCUGAUGUGCCUGGCGCAGGAGUACCCCCUGGUAAAGUUCUGCAGCGUGCGCAGCUCGGCCAUCAGCAUCAGCGACCUGUUCAGGGAGAGCGCUCUGCCCGCGCUGCUGGUUUACAAAGGCGGGGACCUCAUCGGCAACUUCGUGCGGCUCACAGACCAGCUCGGGGAGGACUUCUUCGCCGUAGACGUGGAGGCCCUGCUGCAGGAGUACGGCCUGCUGCCCGAGAAGCCCCCAAUCGUUCCUAAAACUGUCCGUAACGGGGCCAUCAUCCAGAGCACUGCGAGUGACGAGGACUCAGACCUUGACAUAGAUUAGACUUUUAAUUGAUUGAGAAACAUGCAAUGCAAUCUGCAUGGACUGUCUGUACAUGUUAUUUAUAUCUGUGGACCCCUGCAGUGAUUACAGAGUCACAUGUAACCAUUCACCUUGCAGCACGGAAGCUCAACCAAAAGUUACAUCUCACCUACCCCUGUUCCACCCCGUGUUGGUGCUAGAGUCUCUUAACCUUGUGAACUUGCUUGUUUAUUCUGCAGCAAGAAUUAGGUCACUUCUAAGGUUUGUCCCAACUUCACUGCAAACGAUUGCAGUGAAAACACGUUUAGUUUUCACAAGUAAACCAGUGUCUUAAUCAUAACAGGUUUAAAAUAAUAACUCUCUCUCUAUAUAUCCACAUAAUAUUCAACUGGGAUGCAUAAAUAAAAGCUGCUGACAAUCUUUUUUUAAAAUAUGGUGACAAAUGACAGCAGCGUUCACCAACAGAUGAGAGAAGCAGAACACUUUUGCUGCAUCUGCAAUACAUCACUAUCGGAUUUAGAAAAGUACAUAUAAAAAUAUUAUUUUGUUUUUAAUAUACAGCAUAAAAAGUUGCAUUUGUUCUCCAUAAAGGGAAUGGUUCUUCUGGGGCGUUCUUUUUGAAAGUUAGUGAGCAGCUUCAAAUCAAGCUGUCCGAUGGAUAAAGAGGAAUCCAGCUGUUUUUGUCUCAUCUUAUCAUUCCAGGUUAACAUAGAUUAUAUUUAUUAAAUCCCAGCAAUUUAUUGAGGAUUAUAUGCAGGAUAGGGAUGCUGUACGUUUGUGAUAUCUAUUUAUUUGUUGUGUUAAAAAUAAAGACAUUCCCUUUC